AUGGCUAGAGAACGUAUUAUUACCCUGCGCCACCUAUCGCAAGAGGCCAAUGGAUUAUUACCCCCCCAGGCACUAGCAAUGCAAGCAGACAACACCAGAAGGCAGAGCCGCUUCCAGCCCUCGGGCGGCGAGCCGGAUGCCACAGACGGCCAAGAUGUCGAAAGACUCUUGAGUCCCACAACCCAUGCCCGACGGGCUUCGCGGACGCCGGUGUUGGUCGUCGAUGACUACUCCCCUGGAUCUGCCCACGACCACCAGCAGCCCGGAGAAGGCGAGAAAAAGAGGAGCAUGUACCGCGGAAGCAGCAGCUCCGCUAAGUCGCAGCAGGAGGAGGAGGACGACCGCAGAACUCUGGAAGGCGACUAUGACCCCCUCAUCAAACACUUCUUCGGCGAUGGUCCCAUCGUCGCUUCCGGCCGCUUCGAUACUCCUCCUGAGAAGGCCAGUCUCCCUCACCCUGCCGAAGCGUUGGACAUGGGCCAAUUCAUGAACAAAGUCUCCCAACUAUCUACACGGAUAGACGCGAUAGAGAUCGAACUGUUGGAAAACAAGCCGAGCUUCUCGAACGACGCCGCGUUCCGAGCGGCUCUGUACGACAGGAUCGGCCAAGAGGUGGUCCAAGACCUGGUUGGCCUCCGGAACACCUAUCGUCCGAAGUCGCCCCAGUCUUCCGAGGACUACGAUCGCCAGUCGAUCGAGAAGAGGAGGCGGACGCUAAGCACGCCUGAGAUCGAAGACAGUCUUAAGGUCGAGCAGAUCCACGGGCUGACGUCGCGAGCAAAAUCGCUAGUCACUGGAUUGAUUGCUCGUUUGACAGACGAAAAGCAGAUCAUCGCCAACCAGAUCGAGUACGAAUGGACGAAAGAACUCAGCGGGGGCGGGUCGAAGAGCAGCAGACACAGCGCGGUCACCCUAGCCGACAACAAUAGCAUCGACUCGAGCAACUACCAACUCUUCUCGAAGCUCACCCAAAUCGACGCCGAUCCUCGGUCGUCGAGAUUCUACUCCGACGAGCUCGAAAAGAUCCUCAACUUGGCAGUUCGGUCUUCUACUUCCUAUCCAGAAGCACGGAAAUCUAGCCUGUUCAUCAAAUCAAAGGUCGAUUUGUUCCUGCAGAUGCAAGAUGAACUGCAAGAGCUGAAUGAGUAUCUGAGAUGUCUGUCCUGCAGUCGCGCAAGGUACGCUUCAGACGAGAGCGCAAGCGGAGACGAUUCGUCGAGCGUGAGCUUCAGCCUAGACGGGAUCGACGAAGCCGACGACAAGGGCCCGGCGCAAGGGGACAGGAAGGGGAACAAGAUCCGCUUCAAGAUCGGCGACCGGCCCUCGAAGAACAAGAAGACCGAGAACAUCGCCGACCUCGAGAGUAACUCGGCCUCCUGCCACCGUCUCUCCUACGGCCCGCACCUGUCCUACGCCAUCCAGGAUAACCGCUCCUGCUUCUCCAGGUACAAGUUUGCUAUCCUUUGCGCGGGUUUAGCUUGUGUCCUUCUCAUCUGCAUGGGGAUGCUCAUUUAUUUCAAUCUGAAGGCCCACAAUGAAUGA